AUGGAUGACGACUCACAGCGCAUCUCAUGCCCCACAAACCCUCCUCUGUCGAUGACUGAACGGACCAAGUUCGGCACCGGCCAAGGAUGCAUUGUCUAUGGCUAUCCCUCCACUGGUGGGGUUCUCGUCAAAGACGCUAACCUUCUCGACAUGCUUUUCCUAUCGCUCCCCCGCUUUCAUGAAUCGCAGCGCUCACCCAGUGCCGACGAAGAAGACAGAUUCUGUAAUCUUAUGCGACGGACUGGUGCGACGUUGUGGCCGAGUAAGGAGGAUGUGAUCGAGGUAGAGGUUGGCCUAAGGGAGGCCACGGAGGAAGAAGAAAAGGUGUUGGUGUUUGGUUGGCCGACGGAUGGAGUGGGUGUUUGGGUGUUGAGGUAUAAGAGUGCUAGGCAACUGCCAAGAGAUUUUGGGAGAGUGAGUUUAGCGAUGAAUAUGGAGGAGAAGAUACAGAUGAUGAGAGAGUAUGGCGCUACGUUUGUUGAAGAUGUCACGCAGGUGGAGGAACUUUUUGAGGGCCAAAUACGUUCUGAGGCUACUACCAACUAG